CUGAAAUUUGCUCAGGCCCCGCCAUCCUUUAAGAGGACGCCGCCACAGACUCCAGCCUUCGUCAGAUCCGCAGCCAUGAUUGUGAAGGCUCUUCUGCUGCUUCUCGCCGCAUGCGUGGUCAGUGGGGGACACGUCCCCAACGCCGUCUGGCAUUUUGGGGAGAUGAUCAGUUGUGCCCAGCCGGGUGUCAAUCCUCUGGAUUACAACGAAUACGGCUGCUACUGCGGCUUGGGGGGCUCUGGGACUCCUGUGGAUGAUGUGGACAGGUGCUGCCAAGUCCAUGACAGCUGCUAUAGCAACAGCAUGAAGAUUCCCGAAUGCGAGGGUAUUCUAGACCUUCCCUAUGUUAUCAGUUAUAAUUUCAGCUGCUCAAACAAACAGGUGACUUGCUCAGCGACCAAUGAUAAGUGCCAGGCUACGGUUUGUGAGUGUGACCGUGUGGCGGCGCACUGCUUCGCUCGAUACAAAUACAACCCGGACUACAAGAACCUGGACUCUAAGUUCUGUUAAAGACUCGCAGACCUCGACGUGUUCGUCACAGCCGUCUUCCGAUUCGGAUCUGUUUCUCAUUAGUGAUUGUGAAAUAAAAGAUUGUGGAUUUUCUUGAAAUAAUAAUAAUUUUUUAAAAAGCUGAAUAAACUGUGUCGUCUGCUCUGC